AGGGGACUGUCACCUGACAGGGGAGUUUGUAGCCGAAUGGAGUGUUUUUUCUUGAUGUGGCAUUCAUUUCAAGUGAAAAAAAAAAAUACAAAACAAAAGCACGUUUUGUUUCCUUGCAAAAGUAAAUAAAACAAGUGAACAGGGUGCAGUGCAGUGGCUGAACUGAGGAAUGUCGUCGAAAGGCAAGAAGCGAGUGGUUCUGCUGACCCGCCCUGAGCCGCCCAGCAUGGAUCACAUCCUGGAGGACAUCGCCAAGGCCUCCCCCAACGACCCCGUCUUUAUCACGCUCCAAGAGACCAGCGAAGAUCUGCCUGGCUCUGUGCGAGGGGGCGGUGUGGAGGCUGAGCUGGAGGGGCGGUACCAGCAGUGCCGGAGGUACUACCAGCUGAACGAGGAGCUGCAGGGCACACGCAGCGAGCUGGCGGCCAGGAGAGAGGCACUCCGCCGGGCCGGAGAGCAGCUGGAGCAGAGCGCGGCAGAGAUCAAGAGCAGGGCGCUGUGAGACCCCAGCCAGAAGACACUUCACAAAGUUGGGCAACCUGUUCAAGCUGAGCCAGGGGCGCCAGAGCUAAGGGCAGGGGCUGGAGAGUGUGCUCCCUAGUGGGCAGUUUCGUACUUGAGCAACAUUCAUCUCAGAUUCUGAGAACAUUGAGGGUGUAACAACCAAGGCCUUUUACAUUCAGUAAAUAGUUUCAGCAAUACUAAAAGAAACAUAAUAAAUCCAGCAACAAAUGUUUGUCAUGUGAUUUGAUUCAUUUUCUUGAAGACUUUGAAAAGGCUUCUAUUCGAAACAUUUUUCAUUUAAUUUAUGAAGUGUUUUAUAGGUAUGGAUGGAGUAAACAUUGCACAGGAAGUGAAUCUGUAGUGUGGUGGCAGGAUACAUUCAACGUGGAAAGUCUGGAUCUACUAUGGGGAGAAGUGCAUUGAUAUGAGGUUUAAAAAUGUUUACUUAUUAGAUGACAAUGGGCAUUCAACUAAACUUCAGAACUGUGUAAGAGGGGUUGAAUUCUCUUGUUAUCUUAUUGAGUGUCUCCGAGUAACUUUUUUGUUGUUUCGGACACACAGCCUGCAGCUUUGGGAUAACAUGAUGCUGCUUAUUGCUAGAAGUGCAAUAAGCAACCAGUCUCCUAAUUGAAUGUUGCACAAGUAAUAAUCAAUGCAUUCCUAUUGAAAAUGUGUAGAGCCUUAACAAAAGCCUUCCGAAAACAAGCCUGUGCAUGUUAUUGUACAUUAUUAUAUAUGAACUGAGGCUGCAGCAAUGGAAGUAAGACUCCUAUUGCAUAACAGUUUCACCCAUUCCAGGUUUAAAUACAAGCUUGAUUAACCCCAGAGUAUAGUUAACAAGCUCCUGUGUGUGUUAUUAAACUCAUAGUAAAACCAAGAAUGGAUCAAACUGCUGUGCAGUGGGAGUCCUAUUCCCUGAUGCUGACAAAGUAAAAGCCACUGUGAUCAGUAAUUGUUGCAUUUCUACUCAUUGUAAGUCUAGUUCAUUCUAACAAUAAACUAUUUGCUUAUU